GAGCAAGACUCCCAAAGUGCAUGGGGCCCUCACGUCGAGGUGUCACUCCAGUGGCACUCUCACGAAGCACGGGGCUGGUGGCCAUAUCCGUGUUGGCUUGAGAGUUGUUGGUCGACAGGUUGUCUUUCGAUCCCCGCACCCUUCUCGAAAACCGGACCUUCUUUACGAUACCCGACAGUACGCACUAACGAUGGCACAUCUCAUCGCCGUGCGAUUGGCAGUUCUGUGGAUGCCGAGUGCAGUCGCGGUCCAGUCCUUAGGGGUGCGUGGCGCGCUCGCCUCAUCUGCAACGGUUGUCGCCAGCGGCACAACGAAUCUGACCUCCCAUAUGGACUCGUGCCAAUACAUGCAGGUCGCUGCAUACCAAACGGGCUACAUCCAGUUGCCGUACGUGAGCAACAUUCGAGCAAUAUCAAUGUGGUUUGCUCCUUUCAAGGACGGAGGCUAUGAUUGGGAGUACAUCUUUGACGCACGCAGUGGACUGGGAGGAGGACAUUUUUCUUUUCUGCAUUCGAUGUCGACGAUUCACCACGGCGGCAACUGGUAUGGUUCAAUCUAUGUGAAUGGGGCUGCCACCAACACGGCUGGUCUGCUAUCCGCUGCCAGUUCUGCCUCGACGACUUACGCGCCAUGGAUUCACCUGUAUGUCGAGGCAGACACAAACUUCAACGACGACAUCACGAUCUUCGCCCGGUACACCAAAAACGAAUACUUGCCUGGGAAGGUUUACGGGGGGCGGCGGAUUCUGUGCAGCUGUGGCCCUCGGGGCUGUCCUCGUCCGAUAUCAACAGCGCGAUGAACGGAGCGACGACCUCUGUCUCGCCCGUGGCUUCCUAUUCCGCGGCCGACUUGAAUUCGUACCGAGCGGGGAGCGCGACCCUGGUAUCGGCGAGCGGGACGCCAGCAUGUCCGCCAGCCUCGGCCGCGGCAGACACGCCCACCCCGACGCCCUUCCCGACGCCCUACCCGACGCCCUACCCGACGGCCUUCCCGACGCCCUACCCGACGCCCUACCCGACGCCCUACCCGACGGCCUUCCCGACGCCCUACCCGACCCUCUCUCCGACCCCCUUCCCGACUCCCUAUCCGACCCCUUACCCGACUCCCUACCCGACGGCCUUCCCGACGCCUUUCCCUACGGCCUUCCCGACGCCCCACCCGACCCCCUACCCGACGGCCUACCCAACGGCCUUCCCGACGCCUUUCCCUACGCCUUUCCCUACGCCCUUCCCGACGUCCUCCCCGACCCCCUACCCGACGGCCUACCCAACGGCUUUCCCGACGCUCUUCCCUACGCCCUUCCCGACGUCCUACCCGACGGCCUUCCCAACAGCUCUCCCGACGCCCAGCCCAACGCCCAGCCCGACGUAUCCUCAGGGUUGGCCGACACCACAUCCGACGUUCCCUCCUGCAGCUCCCAUGGCGGCCGGAGCCGGCGCAGGCGUGGCUGCCACCGGUGACCCCCAUCUUCAAAACGUUCAUGGCGAGCGGUUCGAUUUGAUGAAGCCAGGCGUUCACGUUCUGAUAAACAUCCCUCGUGGAACGAGCGUUGAAGACGCAUUGCUUCGCGUGCAAGCCGAUGCACGCCGAGUGGGUGAACGCUGCGCGGAUAUGUACUUCUCAGAGAUAAACGUUACUGGGUCGUGGGCAGUUACUAAGCAAGUUGGAGGGUACCACUUCAGCGCAUCGCAAAGUGAUGUCGGGACCCCUGGAUGGCUUGCUUUUGGCACGGUUGAGCUGAAAGUCGUUCAUGGACGCACGGACACUGGCUUCGCGUACUUGAAUGUGUACGUUAAGCAUUUAGGGCGAACAGGGUUUGAUGUCGGAGGUCUUUUGGGCGAGGAUGACCACAAAGACGUGAUCAUUUCUUCAGGGGCAUGUGUCACGCGCACGGAGCUCAGUGCGCGUUCGGCCCCAAGUGGCUGGAUCCGUGCUACGUCCUCUGUCGCACUUGCAUCCUUUGCUUGACUGGCAGCGUUCGGAUUUCAACUAGUGCAUGGCUGACGUGCUUUCUACUCAUGCCUUCAUCGAAGACUGCGCCGGGAUACCCUUUUGUCCUUACUGUUUUGCUGCUCCUGCACAUGCUUU